CCUAUCUAUCGACGAACCAGUUCUCCCUCUCAGAAACUGGGAAACUAUGUCUCUCUUCGAGAAUGAGCAGAUUACAGCAGCAGCAGUAUCUUUCUCUCUUGAGCAACUGCAAGAGCCUGAAAACCUUCAAACAAAUCCAAGCUUCUCUACAAAAAUCUGGCCUCGAUACCGACCCUUUCAUCUAUGGGAAGCUUCUCCUCCACUGCGCUGUCACAAUCUCUGAUGCUCUCGACUAUGCUCGCUUCCUCUUCCUCCGUUUCCCAAACCCAGAUGUUUUCAUGUACAACACUAUAAUCCGAGGAUUCUCCGACUCCGAUACCCCCCAAAACUCCAUCACUGCUUACAUCGACUUGCGACGAAAAUCGUUUGCCCCUCCUGAUAGCUUCUCUUUUGCGUUUAUUCUCAAGGCAGCCGCGAGUUAUAGGUCAUUGAGGGCGGGGAUCCAAUUGCAUUGUCAAGCUUUGACGCAUGGGCUUGAUACCCAUCUGUUUGUUGGGACUACAUUGAUCAGUAUGUACGGGGAAUGUGGGCGUGUGGAUUUUGCGAAGAAGGUGUUCGAGGAAAUGCGAGAGCCCAAUGUUGUUGCCUGGAAUUCAGUGGUUACAGCGUGCUUUAGGGACGAUGACGUGGAGGGUGCUACGAGAUUAUUUAAUCGGAUGCCUGCUAAGAAUUUGACAUCGUGGAAUGUCAUGCUUGCUGGGUACACGAAGGGCCGGGAGCUUGAGUUGGCUAGGAAGAUCUUCUGGGAAAUGCCAGUUAAGGAUGAUGUUUCAUGGAGUACAAUGAUCAUUGGGUUUGCUCAUAAUGGGUGUUUUGAUGGGGCUUUUGGGUACUUCAGGGAGUUGCAGCAGGCGGGGAUGAGGCCAAAUGAAGUGAGCUUGACCGGAGUGCUGUCUGCAUGUGCACAGGCUGGGGCUUAUGAAUUUGGAAGAAUACUGCAUGGGUUAAUUGAAAAGGGGGGAUUUACGUGGCUUGUUUCGGUGAAUAAUGCUCUCAUGGAUGCGUACUCUAAAUGCGGGAAUGUGGGUAUGGCUAGUUUAGUUUUUGAGAGGAUGCCGGGAACAAGGGGCAUCAUUUCUUGGACCACAAUAAUUGCUGGGCUUGCAAUGCAUGGCCAUGGCAAGGAAGCUAUACGACUAUUUCAUGAAAUGGAAGAGUCUGGAGUUAGGCCAGAUGGAAUCAUUUUUAUUUCAAUUUUAUAUGCUUGUAGUCAUGCUGGAUUAAUCAAACAAGGUAGUGACUAUUUCUCCAAGAUGAAGGAUAUUUACAAUAUGGAACCGGCCAUUGAGCAUUAUGGCUGUAUGGUUGACCUAUAUGGUCGAGCUGGUAAACUGCAGGAGGCCUAUGAAUUUGUCUGUCAAAUGCCUGUUUCACCUAACGCUAUUAUCUGGCGGACUCUUCUUGGUGCUUGCAGCAUUCAUGGAAACAUCAAGUUGGCAGAGCAAGUGAAGCAACAGCUUUCUGAGCUAGAUCCCAAGAAUUCUAGUGACCAUGUUUUGUUGUCUAAUGUAUAUGCGGUUGCAGGGAAAUGGAAGGAUGUUGCUGCAGUCAGAAGAUCAAUGAGUGAGAAGAAAAUCAAGAAAACUCCGGGUUGGAGCAUGAUUGAAGUUGACAAGAUUAUGUAUGUUUUCAUGGCAGGCGAAAAGAAUAACAAGAUAACAGAGCAGGCUUAUGAGAAGCUAAGAGAAAUUAUUCUGAGGCUUAGAGUUGAAGGGAGCUAUGUGCCAGAAAUUGGGAGCGUUAUGCAUGAUAUAGAAGAGGAAGAAAAAGAAGAUCAAGUGGGUAAGCACAGUGAGAAGCUUGCUGUAGCAUUUGGAAUGACAAGAUUGGCCAAGGGAGUAACUAUUAGGAUAGUGAAGAAUUUGAGAGUUUGUAGGGACUGCCACACCAUAAUGAAGCUGAUUUCUAAGGUUUAUGGAUUGGAAAUUGUGGUUAGGGACAGAAGUCGCUUCCAUUUAUUCAGAGAUGGGUCUUGUACAUGCGGAGACUACUGGUGAUCAGGGGCUUUUCUUCUGUCGUAUGUUGAGAAUAAGGUUGUCCAAGGAAUAAGCUAACAAGAGACGAGAGUCCAAGAAAAAGAUGGAAGAGCUAGAAACAGAUAGUAGCACGAAGAAAAAAACAAUGGACAUACAGAAAUUUUGUGAGAAGUGAUUAUCUUAUGAACCAUUACAAGCAAUCAAUUGGUAAACCUGAGUAGAUGGUGGAGUUGUCUACUGGACACAAAAUAUUGACUACUACUUUCAAAAAUUAAUGAUUGGAUGCAGAGAAGUUAUACUGAUAUAUGAGGAGCUUGAGGCAAAAAGACAGUCAAUAUGGAAUUAUCACCAGAAAGAAAAUUAAGAAUACAAUAAAAAAUUUUCUUCAUCUCUAGAUUGUAGGAAGGGGCAGACUUCCAGUGAUUGGAAAUUUGACAUCCUGCAUCUUUAGUUGUUUCCCCCUUUUCUUAUUUAGAUGCUGGGCUCUGCUUUGUUUGAAUUGUAGAAAGAAAAAUAAACAAUUAGAGGGAGAGCAUGUGGAUGCUUCCCACAUUCAGCUUCUUUAGUUGACUCAUCUUCGGUUACAUGUUCAGUAGUUUAAGUUUCUAUCUAUCUGAAUCUUCUCACAAAUAAGAGAACAAUUAAGCUCUAUA